CGAGUGGGAAACAGAGCGACAAUUGUUCGGUGUAAACAAAUAGUUUCGAUGUAUACCUCCGGGUUUCAAUCAUCCAUAUGAAAUCUGUGAGACGAAGAUGAGCAACAAUUAGCAGCAUCCAGUCGGAGAUCAUGGACAAACCAGUGCAAAAGUGUUUUGUGCCAGGCUGCGAAUCGGUAGACACCGAAAGCUCCGAGAUCAGUUUCUUCGAUUUCCCAAGCACCGACCGAGAGCAGAUACGGGCGUGGAACAAAGCACUUGGCUUUCGAGCCAAUUGUAAACAUAUUUCCGACCCGAAGGUGUGUCAAAAACAUUUCGACGAGAGUCAAAUUGAUAAGAGCGUAUUCCCGAUACGACGGCUGGUGCAGAAUGCGGUGCCAAUCGCUGCGACCGGUUCUGCUGUCCUCAGGGAUAACGGAGCUGCUCAUGUACCCGCAGAGCCCUACUACUGUCGGUUGUGUGCGAAAAUCGAACGGCAGCCACUAAAAAAUAGCAUCGAGAAGAUGAUGAAGUGCAAUGAUACGGCCAAGUUGUUGUCCAUAUGUUUGGAAUCAAGUCGGAACGUCGAGAGUCUUCCGGAGGGCGUGUGCGAUGCGUGUUCGCACAUGAUGAAGUUUCUGAUCAAGUUUGUGCGAACCUGUUGUGGGGCUCAAGGUAAACUAACCAAAAUUUUCGCGAAUACUUGCGAAACCGACGCUUCGGACGAUUUGAAACCACAGUCAGAGGAAAUUACACCGCGUAAAAUAAAAAAGGAAGAAGAUGAGGCCUCCAGUGGGCUUCCGACAGAUUUUCUAGAAAUCGGAAUCGAGAAUGAGACAAAAAGUAGCGGCCCACAGUAUAUAGUCAAUGAGGAUAGUGAAUUCGAACAAACGGUGGCAACAGAAAACAAGGAUGACUUCGCUGUGAAUGUAAAAAUGGAGCCACCAGUAGUGGAAUCUGAUUCUGACUUCGAAAUACCAAAGGAUUUUCCUGCAUCAUCUUCGAACAGCGAAUCUGGUUCCGAGGAUGAUGACUAUGAACCGGACGUGGAAGGCACAAUGGAAGAUUGCACAAUCAAAUCUGAAAACGAUGAAGAUGCGUCAAACAAAGACAAAGCUCGCAAGCGUCGUGGACGUCCGAGGAAGAAUGACCCACAUUUGCCCAAAGGAUCGAGAGGAUCCCGCAAGCCGCGGGAAAAACGGGAUAAAAAAUGUACGGAGGAUAAACCUGCAUCCUUGUGCAAACAGGUUUGCCAAAUCUGUGGUAAAAUACUGUCUAGCAGUGCCACAUUUAACGUACACAUGAUGACCCAUACCCAGCAGAAAGAUAUUAUCUGUCCGAUUUGUGAUCGGCGGUUCUACGUUAAGCAGCAGCUUAAGAUUCAUAUCGAAUCAAUCCAUGAGAAAAAGGAAUUUGUCUGCAGUAUCUGCGGUUUGAAGUGCCGCUGGAGGAAAAGUCUCCGACGGCAUAUGCUACUCCAUGAUGAAAAUCCUUACAAACACAAAUGCACCUAUUGCGACAAAGCAUUCGCUCGGCCCAAUCAGUUGCGUUAUCAUGUGAUGAAGCACACCGGGGAUCGUGUGUAUUGUGAUAUCUGUGGUGCAGAUUAUCGAUUUAAUUAUAUGCUAACGCAGCAUAAAAUAAGAAAGCAUGGAAUUGUGGUGGAAGGCGUGCAGUUGUACAAGCAAAGCGCACGCAAAAAGAAGUCUGAAGGGGCCGGCGGUGAGCAAAACGCUCGACGGAGCCGCAUUGUAAUAGGCCAACACCCGAACAUCCAACUACAAUCCCUCGAACCACAGUCAGGGACGUUACCACCAAUGACACCCAUGGCCGAUCAUGACCGUACUAAUCAGAGUGAUUCAACUCAUGUAUCAGACAUGGGUAGCCCUGUUACCGCUGCGUGUUUUGCAACGGUAACAUCCCCCGAACCAACUCAUUAUGGACAUCAUCCUCAGCCAUUUCCAGUUUUGCAACAACAGCAGCAGCAUCACCACCAACCAACCCAAAUUGGCAGCUUCAAUGGAGCGGGAAUAAACACGUCAAUGCCUCCCGGAAUCAUCGGUUUUCCAUCGUUGAGUAGACAAAACAAACAAACUAUCAUGAACAAUGUUAGAUAUGCGGAGAGCAGCACCAUAAAAGCAAACUAUUGUGCAAUGGCAAAGUGUUGCGUAGUGGCCGGCUGCGGAGCGUCCAAUCAGGAUUUUGGAACCAUCCUUUUCCACUUCCCGAAGUCACAAGAUCUCCGGCAGCGAUGGGUGGAUGCACUAGGAAAACCCACAGACUGGAACGCCUUUGACUCAGCAUCCGUAUGUUGGGGUCAUUUCGAUAGUAAAACAAUACUUCAAGAAGACGACAGUUUCGGUGUGCAUGUUGAUGCUGUUCCUUCGCAAUACCUUGGAACUGUAGCGCAUGACGAGCUCGAUCCUGCCCGGCACUGUCGAUUUUGUGGGAAAAUAAUAAUGGAAGAAUCGCUGGGGAGCAGUGUGAGCGAUAUGAAUCGAUCUGAAGACUCCAAGAUGUUUCUGGAUUUACUGCUCCCGGAUAGAAGCGACCCAGAUCUAACACAACAGGGAUGCAACGAAUGUUUUGUACACAUUAAGCUUACCAUGAGAUUUAUGAGAAACUGUCGUAAAGCGAACCGUGUGCUGGACGAGAUGGUGAAAAAGUUUUCUAGCAGGAAGAAAGAAACCAGAAUCAGUUCCGAUGUCGAAAGCGAAAUGGAUGAGUUCGGAGAGAUACCCGUUGAUUGUAUGGGACAACCUGAGAUUAAAGUAGAAGUUUCGAGCCUGACUGUUGUCAGUGAUCUUGAUGACGGUUUUUCGGAUGAAGAGGAUGACAUUCCUCUGGCUAAGCAAAUCAACAGACGAAACGCCGAAAAACUAAAAUGCACUCAUUGCUCAUUCACCUGCUUCAAGCGGUAUCAACUGACUAGUCAUUUGAAACAGCACAAAGCAGUGCCUUCCCGGGAUAACAAGAACAGUUUGACCUGCUCUGAUUGUUCAUUCACCUGCCGCAGAUCCAAUCAAUUGUCUAUUCAUAGAAGAAAGCAUAAAAAGUUGCAAUUGGACGGAGCUGAAGAUGAACAAACAAAAAAUGACUCUUCAAAUAUCGUCAGUUCGAAGACUGAAUUUUCUGGGAAGAAUGGUCCAGAGGAGAAUGGUUGUAAUGAUUCUUCAUCGGAUCCUGUACCCAGCGGUACACUACAAUGUCCAGACUGUCCGUACACCUGCGAGCGGCUGGUUCAGCUGGCUAGUCAUAAAAAGAAGCACAGUAAAAAGUUUAGAAAUGAUCCGCUAUCCGAGCAAGGUGCACGUGAAAUUUACGAAUGUGAAUUUUGUGAUUUCACGUGUAAGUUGCGUCGCCAGAUGGCGGGACACAGGGCCUCUCACUCGAAUCAAAUUAAGAAAUCCAAGCCAUCGGGGAAAGAGCGGGACCAUAUGUGCUCCAUCUGUGGCAAAAUACUUUCGACACGGGGUUCAUUUUUUGUACAUAUGAAGUACCACAAUGACCAGCGGGACUACUCGUGCAACCUGUGUAGCAAAAAGUUCUACUCCAAGCGGGACGUCGCAAUGCACGUGGAGUCGUUCCACGAGAAAAAAGUGUUUGAGUGUGAGAUUUGUGGCGUUAAGUGCACUUGGAAGAAUGCGCUGUACAAACAUAUGCGCAAGCACGACGUUAAUGCUUUCAAGCAUGAGUGUUCCUACUGUGGUAAGAAGUUCAUUGCGGCUAACGAGCUUCGGCUGCACGUUUGGCGACAUACGGGCCAGCAGCUGGCGUGUGAUAUCUGUGGAGCGGGUUACAGGUUCAACUUCUUACUGACACAGCACAAAAUCCGGGAGCAUGGCAUACAAAUUGAAGGUGUUAAACUUUACAAACGCUUCCAAAAGGACAAAAUCGAUUCAAGACAGCAAAAGCAGCCCAAACUACAAACUGAUACUCCUGCAAUCGUUGCAGAGAUACAACCAUCACAAGGAGAAACAGCAAACUCAUCCAAUUCAUCGGAUCGGAUACACACCAUUUAUUCGCAAAAUAUGUCCCCAGGUGAAGGAAGACGACGGGCUACCGAAACUGGUGUGCAAGUCGUGUGCGGUCAAGUUGAUACGGGUGCGGGAGAAUGUCACACUGUUUCUCGAUAGCGAUCGGAAACUACGAGACAAAUUGAAGUAUGGAUCCAGUUUGGAUGUAGAUAAUGACAUGGAUGAGGAGGAAUUAGACGAGAGCAAUAAUUAUGAGCGGGUUAAACAAGAAAUUCAUGACCCUGAGCUUCCAACCGGUAGAUUAGCAUCAA